AUGAAUAUGAAGAGCCCGCACACCGUCAAAGAAAUCCAGCAGCUAGCGGGUCGCAUGGCCGCAAUCGACCGUUUUUUGCCAAAGGCCGCUCUCCGGGCACUGCCUCUUUACACACUUUUAAAGAAGGGAGCAAUUUUUGAAUGGUCGAAGGAGGCCGACACGGCAUUCACCCAACUGAAGGAGAUCCUUUCGUCCCCUCCUAUUCUGACCAGCCCUAGACCAGGGGAGACGUUGUACCUAUACUUGGCAGUGCAGGAAAAUGCAGUAAGUUCCGUUCUGGUUAGAGAAGAAGAGAGAUUCCAACUACCUGUCUACUUUGUCAGCCGAUCAUUGAAGGGUGCGGAGCUCCGGUAUCAGAUGUUGGAGAAAGUAGCGCUGACCCUGCUGACCACAGCUCGGCGGCUGCGAAGGUACUUUCAGGCUCAUCGCAUCGUAGUACGCACCGACCAACCAGUCCGGCAGGUCCUCCAUAAACCCGACCUGGCCGGUCGAAUGGUUAGCUGGUCCAUCGAGCUCUCCGAGCAUGACAUCCGCUACGAACCCAGGAGAGCCAUUAAAGCACAAGUCCUUGCUGACUUCUUAGACGAACUCACAGACGAAGAAGAGCCCCCCGCCGAGACUACAUGGGUAGUCAACGUAGAUGGCUCGAGUAACAAGGAAGGUGGCGGGGCCGGAAUCGUCUUGCAAAGUAGCACCGGGAUGGUGGUCGAGCAAUCCCUCCGCUUUAACUUCCCCACCACAAACAACCAAGCCGAGUACGAGGCCUGCAUCGCGAGACUGGUCACAGCCCGCGACCUGGGAGCGAAGGAAAUCCUAGUCUACUGCGACUCGCUUCUGGUCGUCUCGCAAGCAAAGGGAGAAGCUCAAGCUAAGGAUCCCGUAUUGGAACAGUACUUAGCCCGUUUGAAGCAACUAGCCUCGACCUUCACGAAGGUAGAAUUUCGUCACGUCCUCAGAGCCCAAAAUGAUCGCGCUGACACUCUGGCCAAACUGGCCAGCACCGGGAAACCCGGUCUAAAUGGGACGGUCAUUCAAGGAACCCUGGCCCUCCCUUAUGUCGCCGACCCCAAUCGUCCAUCGGGACAAGUGUCAAUGCCUGUCGAUAUGGAUGAAGACUGGAGGUCCCCAAUCUUCAAGUACCUCAGAACCGGAUGGUUUCCAGAAGACAAGACCGAAGCCAGGAAGUUGGUCAGAGCGGCUUACGUCUUAGCGGAAAUCCACGAGGGUAGCUGCGGCCACCAUCCGGGGGGACGCUCUCUUGCUAGAAAAGUGCUCCGAGCCGGUUAUUACUGGCCCACCGUGGAGAAAGACGCUGCGGAUCAUGUUAAGCAGUGCGACCCAUGCCAGAGGCACGCUGACCUGCACAACGCUCCCCCUGCACGUCUUUCAUCUCUGGUCAGUCCUUGGCCUUUUCACCAGUGGGGAAUGGAUUUAUUAGGCCCGUUCGACACAGCCCCUGGUCAGCUCAAACACUUGGUUGUGGCAGUGGAUUACUACACAAAGUGGAUCGAGGCCGAGCCGCUAGCGAAAAUUACCUCAGCUCGGGUACAACGCUUCUUCUACAAGAACGUCAUUAGUAUGUUCGGGGUCCCCGGAGUCCUGGUCACAGACAAUGAGACUCAAUUUACCUCUAAAGGGUUUAGAGAUCUCAUGGACGAGCUACACAUCAAACAGCGGUUUACCUCCGUCGAACACCCCCAGACAAACGGGCAGGCAGAGUCGGCCAACAGAGUCAUCCUCCGAGGCCUCCGAAAAAGGUUGGGAAAGGCCAAAGGCGACUGCGCCGAACAACUCGACCACGUCCUGUGGGCAUACCGCACUACUCCGCACUCGACUACUGGGGAGAGCCCGUACCGCCUCACCUUUGGCACAGAAGCAGUUAUCCCAGCUGAGAUAGGAGAACCGAGCGCUCGAACGGCUGGAUUCGACCCCGACCAAAACGACCAACUCAUAGAGGAGGAUCUUGACCUCCUGGCUGAAAGAAGAGCAGUCGCCAACUGCAGAGAGCUGAUCGCAAAACAACAUGCGGCUGUUCGCUACAACAAGAAAGUAGUUCACCGCUCCUUUUCCGUUGGGGACUUGGUCCUCCGGAAUGCCAGCAUCGGAGCACGUUCGAUCGAGCGCGGAAAGCUAGCAGCCAACUGGGAAGGCCCUUAUAGAGUGACCGAAGCAACUGGCACAGGAGCGUACAAGCUGGAAACUCUAGCAGGAAAAGAGAUUCCCCGCACCUGGAAUGCAACCAAUCUGAGAAGAUACUACAGCUAG